AUGGCGGAGUUUGUGCGCGCCCAGAUCUUCGGCACGACGUUCGAAAUCACCAGCAGGUACACCGACCUUCAGCCCGUCGGCAUGGGCGCUUUUGGCCUCGUAUGUUCGGCCAAGGACCAGCUCACCGGCCAGGCCGUUGCCGUCAAGAAGAUCAUGAAGCCGUUCAGCACGCCCGUGCUGUCGAAGCGGACAUACCGCGAGCUGAAGCUGCUGAAGCACCUGAGGCACGAGAAUGUCAUCAGUCUUAGCGACAUCUUCAUCUCGCCGCUCGAGGACAUUUACUUCGUCACCGAGCUGCUCGGCACGGAUCUGCACCGUCUUCUCACGUCGCGGCCUCUGGAGAAGCAGUUCAUCCAAUAUUUCCUCUAUCAAAUACUGCGUGGUCUGAAAUAUGUCCACUCGGCCGGUGUUGUCCACCGCGACCUGAAGCCCAGCAAUAUCUUGGUCAACGAGAACUGCGACUUGAAGAUUUGCGACUUUGGUCUUGCUCGCAUCCAAGACCCGCAGAUGACGGGAUACGUGUCGACGCGAUACUACAGGGCUCCCGAGAUCAUGCUCACGUGGCAGAAGUACGACGUCGAGGUUGAUAUCUGGAGUGCGGGCUGCAUCUUUGCCGAGAUGCUGGAGGGCAAGCCUCUGUUCCCCGGCAAGGACCACGUCAACCAGUUCUCGAUCAUCACGGAACUGCUGGGCACGCCGCCGGACGAUGUGAUCCAGACUAUUUGCAGCGAGAAUACUCUGAGAUUCGUCCAAUCGCUGCCGAAGCGCGAGCGGCAACCGCUGGCCAACAAGUUCAAGAACGCAGACCCGCUUGCCAUCGACCUCCUCGAGAACAUGCUCGUCUUCGACCCGAAGAAGCGCGUAAGAGCGGGCGACGCGCUGGCGCACCCCUACCUUGCGCCGUACCACGACCCCACCGACGAGCCGGUGGCGGAGGAAAAGUUCGACUGGUCGUUCAACGACGCAGACCUCCCGGUCGAUACGUGGAAGAUCAUGAUGUACUCGGAAAUCCUCGACUACCACAACGUAGAUGCGCAAGCACCGGACGUCGAGCAGAACGGCAGUUAA